GGCGUCGGAGCCACCGACCGAAGCAGCACUCAGGCUCUAGUUCCGCCAGCCAUGCCGCCAUUCAGCAAGCCUAGGUGUUUUUGGUCAAGGCACUGCAGUGCCAGGGAGAAUGCUACAGACCCUGUUAAAGGACGCGCAGGCAGUGGGGAGCGUGACAUAUCGUGGAAGUGGAAGAGCGAAGCUUCUGUGGAAACGGAAUCGUUGGGCGUGGUUGGAGCCUGCAGUGCUGGAGUGCAGGCAGACGUCAAAUUACAACAGGCCUUGAGCAUCAGUGUUGUUUCUGCUUUACACCGAAGACGAGCAUGUUGAACAGGAGAGGGAGCAGUGUGUUGCAUGGUUUGGAGCAGGUAGAAGGUUAAUGCGGCAACCUGUCGGAAAGAAGAGGGAAGAAUGGGAAGAUGGAGACCAACUCCAGUCUCAUGAGGAAGCGAGUCAGGUGGAACCACUCUCAUAUAAAGAACUUCAGGAACAGGGGGAGAUCAGAGUUGUCCAGCUAGGCUUCGACCUGGAUGCCCAUGGGAUCAUACUCACCGAGGACUACAGGACCCGGGUCCUCAAGGCCUGCAGUGGGCGGUCAUAUGCUGGGGCUGUGCAGAAGUUUCUGGCUUUGGUGCUUCCAGCCUGUAGGGACCUUAGCGUCCAGCAGGACCAGAUGACACAGACCUUUGGCUUCACGGACACAGAGAUCACGCAGCUGGUGAAUGCUGGAAUCUUCACCGUUCGAGAUGCCGGGAGUUGGUGGCUGGCUGUGCCUGGAGCUGGGAGAUUUAUUAAGUAUUUUGUUAAAGGGCGCAGGGCUGUCCUUGGCAUGGUCCGGAAGGCCAAGUACCGGGAGCUGCUCCUCUCAGAGCUCCUGGGCCGGCGGGCACCUGCCUCGGUGAAGCUGGGCCUUGCCUACCAUGUGCAUGACCUCAUUGGGGCCCAGCUGGUGGACUGUGUCUCCACCACUUCUGGAACCCUUCUGCGCCUGCCAGAGACAUGAGGAUUCUACUCACUGUGGCAAACCUCCCCGCAGUGGAGUGACAGGGGCCUGGGAGUGUUGCCCAGUGGUGGCCAAGACAGGGUCACCUCGUGAAAGUUUGGGGCUCAGACUGUGAGUGUUGGACUCGAAAGUGUGUGACGUCAGAUGUGACUGCUGCUGAUGCCCUGGGUUCCGAGCCAGUGGUGGGGUCUGGGCAGUGCUGCCCUGCCCUUCCACGGGAGUGGAGCCAGAAGGUGUGCCAAGCCGUGGCCGCUGCCUUUUGUGCAGCAAGGUGCUGCUGUUAACUGUCCCGGGCUAGGAGGGUGGGGUUUCCAAGGAGGCUGGUGGGGGCAGGCAGGGUUCUCUUCCCUACGUGCUGGAUUGAAGCUGCCAAAUAAAGUAUUUCUGAUAGUGCUGUU